GUCGUUUUUUCUGGGGUAUCGUACUGGGGUAUUGUGAUGUGCAGCAUGCGGCAGCGUUGUGAAUAUACUGUUUUUGAAGACGCGCUUGGAUAGCAUCGCAUCUGCCACAUGAGCCCUCCCAUCUUGUAUCUGGCCAGACGACUUAAUUUGGGGACAUCGAAACGUGUUCAUCUCUUCUUUAGGAUUCAGUUCACUGGUCGAUUCUGCAAUCCCAACCCUGAGGAACUUCCAUUGCACCCGGUAUCAACGUCCGCCAGUGGCCACAAUGGCCGACGAAAGGAUCCAACCACAGCCGGCCGAAGAAGCCGGCAAGAUCCCACCCCUCGCCGACUCACCCGCCAUAAUCAACGAAGCCAAGCACGCCUCGGACUGCGAGCACGCCAUGACCCUCCUACAAGCCCUGCGCGUGUACCCCAAAGCCAUCGGAUGGUCCGUCCUCCUCUCCUCAACGCUCAUCAUGGAAGGCUACGAUCUAGCCCUUCUCUCCGCUCUCUACAACUCGCAAGUCUUCAACAAGAAAUUCGGUGCUUUCAACGAGUCGACGGGGAAGUACGCCAUCUCGGCCGCCUGGCAGUCUGGACUCAGCAACGGGGCUAGAGCCGGGGAGAUCUUGGGCUUGAUUAUCGCGGGGUGGUGUAGUGAUCGGUAUGGGCAUAAAUUGACUACGAUAGCGAGUCUGGUGCUCAUGAUUGGUUUUAUUGCUGUGCUGUUCUUUGCGCCCAGGAUUGAGGUUUUGCUUGCGGGAGAGGUAUUAUGUGGAAUCCCCUGGGGCGCCUUUCAAUCAGUAAGCCCCGCCUACGCUUCUGAAGUAGCCCCCACAGUCCUACGCCCCUACCUAACCACCUUCAUCAACAUGUGCUGGGUGAUUGGGCAAUUCUUCGCUGCAGCCGUGAACAAAGGUUCCAUAAACCGCACCGAUGAAUGGGCCUACCGUAUCCCCUUCGGCGUGCAGUGGGUAUGGCCCCUCCCCAUCCUAGCAGGCGUCCUCUUUGCCCCCGAAAGCCCCUGGUGGCACGUCCGGCAGGGCAACCGGGCCGCGGCGAAAGCAUCGCUUCUCCGUCUCACGUCCAAGGGUAAAGAUCCUAGUUUUCAUGCGGAUGAGACGAUUGCGUUGAUCGAGCAUACGAAUGAGCUGGAGAAGAAAAUGAAAGAAGGUGUUAGGUUCCGGGAUUGUUUCCGGGACGUGGACUUGAGGAGGACGGAGAUCGUGGUCGGGAUUUGGCUUGUUCAGACGCUUGGCGGGCAGAAUAUCAUGGGGUAUUUCACGUACUUCAUGACGCAGUCGGGUAUGGAGGCUUCGAAUUCGUUUUCUCUAUCUAUGGGCCAGUACGCACUUGGCAUGGUUGGCACCGCUGGGUCGUGGUUCCUCAUGGCGCGCGUGGGACGGCGGACGAUUCAUCUGGGUGGUAUCUGCACGCAGUGCCUGUUACUCAUCAUCGUGGGGAGCAUCGGCUUCUCUGGAACAAAGGCGUCCAUCUGGGCGAUUGGAGGCCUGCUUAUUUUCUUCACAUUCGUGUACGAUUUUGCCGUCGGGCCGGUGACGUACUCGUUGAUUUCGGAGCUGUCAAGCACGAGGUUGAAGGCCAAGACGAUUGUUCUUGCUAGAGCGGCCUAUAACGCAAGCAAUAUUUUCGUCAACGUCAUGACGAAUUACCAGUUGAGUUCGGAGGCGUGGAAUUGGGGGGCGAAGGCGGCGUAUUUCUGGGCCGUCACGGCGCUGUUGAGUACGGUUUGGGUGUUCUUUCGUUUGCCGGAACCGAAAGAUCGUACAUACGCUGAAUUGGAUCUUCUCUUCGAACACCGAGUUGCGGCACGUAAGUUUGCCAAGACGAUGAUUAAUCCUUUUCCCAACUCUGUAGAUGAAGUCAAGAGGUUUUCGACUGAGAAGGAGCUAGAGCACGGGAAAAUGGAGACCAGGCCUUAAAACCUGUGCGGAUAUCCAGUCGUUGCCCGUCAGAUGAUAGUAUGUCAUCUAUUGUCAGUAAAUACUUGCAGCCCUCUGGCUUCGUAAAUUCACAUGUAAUACUCAUCCAAUUGAUGAAAGCCUUUAAUUCCA